AGACGUGGGGCAGGUCGGCGAGCCGUUGCAUAAUGCGCAGCGAGCAUCGCCAGCUCGCACGCCGCCGGGGUCCGCUCGCGCCCAGCGCGCCCGCCUGAGCAAGGCCCGCCACGCCGGCCAUGAGAGCGGCGCGCCGGCUGCGGCCCCUCGUCCCCCUGCUGACGCUCCGCAUCCUGCUGGAGUACCUCAAGUCGCUCGACAUCGCUCUCGCCUACACCACUCGCCAUUCGCUCUACCCUAAGUCAUUUCACACCAAAGACAAUUAACUUUUUUACGGAAAAUUAUAUAGUUAAGAGAAGACUUUAAAGGAUGCUUAAGUGUACAAAAUUUCUUAACAAAUAGACGACAUUUAAUCAUCAAAAUGAGGCUGUCAACCAGUGAAGAAAUCCCUACAACAACGGUGGGCCGCACAGCAAGCCCCGGCGCGGGCGCUGUGGCCGCACAAGACUCGUAUGACGUGACGCGCAUGCGCGAGGAAGAGUUCGAGAGGCUCACUGUGUACAUAGUACCCGACGUGCCUUGCGAACGUGGCGUAUCGAACAGAGCCGAAAGAACUCUCCCACGCAGCUUGGCGCUCAGGCCCUCGGCGGUACUAUCCACCCCAAAUACACCGACUGAAGGCGUAUGGAGUACAGGAGUUAUUCCACGCGGUACGAGGUUUGGUCCUUUCGAAGGCACUCGUACGCCUAACAAACCAAACGACAAAGUUUCCUGGCGUUAUUACUGGAGGGUACAAGAAACUGUCAGGCAUCAUACUUAUGGAAACAUUAAGAUAUUUAAAGAUAGCGAUUACUAUUACCUUGAUGGAUCUGAUACGAGCGUUGCAAACUGGAUGCGAUACGUCGCUUCAGCUUACUCCCUGUCCGUGAUGAACCUUGUCGCGUGUCAACACCAGGAACACAUUUACUUCUACACCAUUAGGGAUAUCAUGCCUAACGAAGAACUCAUGGUGUGGUACUGCAAAGACUUUGCAACAAGGCUCGGCUACGAUAUCGAUCCUGAAAGAGCUACAUAUUCCAUAUUGUCAUCCAUUGCAGGUAAAGAAGAAACAAUUAAAAAGGCUUAUGGCUUGCCACCAGCACCAGUACAUCCGGAAAUUGCCUUUAACCACAUGAAGUAUGUCCUAAGUCUUACUAAUGCUAAAGAGAUUCUUGACGGAGAAAUUUCAACAAAGCGGAGAAAACGGGAUUCUAAUGAUAAAACUCUUCAUGAAAAUCCCAAUCAACCACGCGAUGACCCAAGAAGUAUAAAUAAAAAUGAAAGAGCCAUUGUGCGGACUGACAUUUCCACAAAUAUCAUUCAUCCCAAAUCUGAAAGUCCAAUUACAAACGAGCACACACCAUUGUCACCAAGCAAUUUAAUGCAACCACCUUCACCAGUAAAAUUACAGCAUAGAGACAAUCAAACUUUAAUAAUUCAACAUAAAGAGAGUACGUCGCAUGUAGUAAUACAUCAACUUGAAAACCCAAGAAUGCACUGUAACAGAUCACCUGCACAAAAUUUACAUCUAAGGGAUGUUCGCGGGCCUUCUCCUAUGGCAACAAAUCAUCAAGAUAAAGUCGGUAGUAAAUCUCCUACUUUUACUCAUUGUGUACCAAACCAUUAUGAACAUCAACUAACGCCAAAUGAUGGUUCCGUAAGAUCAGACGAGGGUUAUCACAGCAAUGGUUAUCAUGAUGAAUUCACACCACCAGAAGACUCAAGUGAUUCAGAUGUAGAAAAUUACGUAUUAGAUUGCUCUAAUAAAACUAAUGAGCCUAAGGAAACUGUCAUAGUUCAAAAAGUAGACCAAGAUAUGCAUCGCAAUGAGUAUAGAAAAGUUAAAAUAAAAAUGCCAAGAGCCUAUCAAUAUCAAAAUCAUAAAGAUAUGGAUUGUGAAAGUGAAAAGGAGUUGCUAAUCGCAGAAGAAGUUAUUAAUACAUCACCACACAAUUUAUCCCCACCUCGACGCGAUCCAGCCACUUCCACUGUAAUAGUUUUAGAAUCCUCACAAAACACAGUCGUUCCUCUUAAUAAACCAUACUACGAAGAUGGAACUAUAUCACCAACACCACAACCAGCUUUCAUGCGUUACACACCCCCCGAUACGCGAAUACUAGAAACCAUUCUCACAGGAAAUAGAAUCGACACCAAUAACAAUGACUCAAACCGAAGACAACCAAACGCAACUCCGCCACCAUCAUCACCGACAGAAAUGGCCUAUUCUUACAAGAAAAGCCAAAGGUACGGUAACGCUUGCAGUCCUGAUUCAAGUUCAAACCUAACACCAUUGCCAUCAUUGCUGCCCUUACCACAACAGUUGCCAGCACCAAAUUCGGUAUCAGUUUAUUCUUCCUCGCCUCCGCAUACUAUUCCACAUACAACAGAAAUACGUGAAAUAAGAGAAAUAAGGGAAAUAAGAGAGACCCGGUAUGAAAGCCACUAUCCAAAUUAUUCGUAUAGCCUAUAUUCACCGCCUAACUCUACAAUAAUUACGCAACUAGGAUCUCCACCGAGUACAUAUUCGCCAACAGUUACAUCGUCUCAUCAGUAUGAAAGAAUUCAAAAUGGACAAGCUAAUCACCACUUUCCAUCUUCAACCAGUGUUAUAACUCUUAAAAAUUGCUCUCAAUUGAGUUUAAUACAAAAUGCAAAUGUUAAUGGUCAACUCGUACCACAGCACAGUAUGAGUCCAGACGGCACAUGUAGUCUCAUGGUCGGACCGAUGAGUCCUAACUCGCAAUCCUCUCGCGGUUACAGGAGUUUACCGUACCCGCUAAAGAAAAAAGAUGGAAAAAUGCAUUAUGAAUGUAAUGUUUGCUGUAAAACCUUCGGUCAGCUUUCAAAUCUAAAGGUUCAUUUAAGAACACAUUCAGGAGAGCGACCGUUCAAAUGCAAUGUUUGCAAUAAAUCAUUUACACAACUGGCUCAUCUACAAAAACAUCAUCUCGUACAUACGGGCGAAAAACCACACCAAUGUGAUAUCUGCAAGAAAAGGUUUUCCUCAACAUCCAACUUGAAAACACACCUACGACUACAUUCCGGCCAGAAGCCUUACGCCUGUGAUCUUUGUAUGCAGAAAUUCACACAAUUUGUUCACCUCAAACUGCACAAGAGGCUUCACACGAACGACCGGCCAUACGUUUGUCAAGGCUGUGACAAAAAGUAUAUCAGCGCAUCGGGACUACGCACUCACUGGAAAACCACUAGCUGCAAACCGAACAACAUCGAGGAAGUUUUAGCAAUCACUAACGCCGCUCAUACUGAAUGUAUCGGUACUGUCGACAAAGACUGCCACGAAAGAGAGGGGCUCGAGGCGUACGAAGUGCACUCAGCAUCGCAGGGAGGGCUGGUGGGAGCCGGUGGGGCGCGCGUGGCGAUGGCGCACGGCGAGGCGCUGCUGGGAGGGCACGCGCACACCACCACGCCGCACCUGGCGCCGGGGCACGGGCAGCUCUCGCCGAGCGCGGCGGGCGCGCAGUACCGCGGCCUGCUGCCCGCGGCCGCCGAGCACGAGCAGGCGCACUACAGCGCGCCGGGCGGCGAGACGCGGCCCAGCGUCAUAGAGUCCAGCCAGCCCCUCAUCAUCGAGUGCACCUGAGGCUGCACGUCGCCGCAGCGCACACUCGUCGGACGCAAUUUCCCGCCGCAUUUUGUGAUUCCAGUCUUGUGAUCAAAUAAAAGUAUUUUAUUAAAUGUGUUAAGACAAUCGUGAGACAAACUCUUUAAAAAUUGUCUUAUACAGUGGCUAUGAGAUUACGAUACGAACGUUAAGUUGUAGAUAUACCUUUAAAAUAACGAGUUUUAAGCGUUUACAAGUACUAAGUACUUACAUAGAAUGCAUCCAGUUAGGUGAAUAAGAAUCUAUAUUUUACUAAGCGUUGUUGUAAUUAUUAUGUUAAGAUUGGCGACCUCCCUUUUACGCUAAUGCUCAACUCGAUUGUUUUCUUUAAAUUCUUUUGUAAAUAAUAAUGUUUUCACAUAGAUUUUUAAUUAUUUAUAUGUUUUUAUGUAAAUAGCGUGUAAAUAGAUACAACAUAGUUACGUAGGAAAAAUAUCAGUAUCAUUGUAAAGUGGUAUUAAAACAGGCAGGUAGGUACUACUUAAUUUUCAGUACUUUUCCUAUUUAACUGCAUCGUGUGUAAGUACGAAUUGCUUAAAUUUCACCAAAGAACAUCUUGACAGCUGUUUGUUAUACAUAUUUGAAUUUAUACCCAAUGUUACAUCAUGUAUAACAAAACAAAGAAUUUUAUUAAACGUGAUGACGACGAGGCGCUACAAAUUUAACGUAAUUUCUUGGUAAUACAAGAAAAGAUUUAGGAAUAAAAUUGUCUCAUAUUAGUGGAUAAGUGCCAAAAGCGCGAAAAAUAUUUUAUUACUUUUUAAGUUAAUUAACCUAAUAAAAUAUUCGCAUAGUAUUUUUAAAACGUUGUUCCUAAUGAAUUAUUGGAGAUUACGCGCGUAUAUGCAUCAACUUAAUUCUAACGUUACUUAGAUUAGAUUGGAUGAACUUUGUACAUUAUCCCUACGCUAGAACAAAUGGUGCUUCACAUCGUAGAGACGUAGUCGCUCGAGUCAGUCACUACAACUGACCGACAUUACUACAUGUAAUUAUUAUUCACCGAGUUUACUAGUUACUAUUUUAUAUUCCAAAUUUCGAUAAUAUGAUUCUCCUACUCGAAAAGGCUGAGAUAAAUGUGUAAAGAGACGAUUGGCGAAUGUAACUAUAGGUCCUGUACUGGUUCGCAUUAGCGUGUAAGUAGCAGAUACACCAUCUGUUUUAUCAAACACUAAACAUGGUGUACAACUUAUACGUGAUGUAGAACCGAGCGAUAGCUUUUUGUAUAUUUCUAUGUUCAUAAGAUAAGAUUUUUACACACAAUCACUUAUAAAUUUACUACCCGUAUCUAUAUUUUAUACCAAGCAUUUACCUACAGAGCUGAAAAAUUUUGUAAUGAAUGCCGUUAAAUAAUUUUGUCUUUCUAUAUAAAAAAUAUUGUUAUUAUAUAGACAAAAUAUGUUAUUAUUCAAUCAAGCUAAAAUAUAAUGAUUUCGACGUCAUUACUUAUUCAUUUUGGCGUGUUUAGUUUUCUCUUGUGUUAUUUAAAUUAUAACCACUUAUAUGAAAAUGGUAAAAGUAUUGUUAAAAUAAUUUAACAAAUGACAUCAGGAUGAGGAUAAUUUAAUUUUGUUAAUUUCAACUAAUAUUUUGAUGAUUUUUCAUUCUUAAUGAGAUUUUGAAUAAAAGUAAAUUUUGAUGGAACGACAUUACUUAUACCUAUUUGGAAAUACUUAAAUAUGAAUAGUUGCGUUAUGAAACUCCGUUUCUUCGUGGUUGAGUUCUUCUUUAAUCUGACUGACCUUUGUUACAUCAUUCAAUAAUUUCGAAAUGAUUUUAAUAAAAUGCUAUGUUUCAGUCCAUAAGUACCUAUAGGUAUUUUGUCUAACAUCUUUCAUGUUUUUUAGUAUUCUUAUACCUGUUUUAAAUUAGAACGUCGAAAUCUUUUAGUACGAAAUACGGCACUUCCUAUAAAUAUGUUAAAAUAGCUAGGUAUGUAAAUUAUGUAACAAUCUAAGUAAAAUAUUGAUAAAAAGUAUUUGCUAUUGCAUGUUCUUGUUAAUUACUUCACACCAUUCCUUGUAUUGUUCAUGUUUUACUUGGAUUUUAUAGAAACUUAUGUAUUUUUGUACCUAUCUUAUAUUUCUUCAGUUAAAGUAGACGUUUAAAAAUAUAUUUCUAUGUAAGCGGAAGAAUAUUUAUACGAGUAAACAACGCACAAACUUCGCACUAAAAUAUUCAAAUUGAAAGCAUAAUGCAAUAUACUUUUAAACCUCCGCCAAUAUCUAUAGACUUUCUUGUAUAACUAUUCUUCUGUAGAAACGAAAAUUAUUAUGAGCAAUAAAAAAAUUUAAUAAAAAAUAUUUGGAUAACAUUGUCUUCAAUUUCAGUUGUGUAAAUAAAUAACGCUCUAAAUACCAUUCAAUAACAGUUUAUUAAAAUGUUUAUUAUAAAUAAUUUAAUCAGUCCUUAAACAAAAGUAAACUUUGUAACAAAUGUAAAAAGUUGUACCUAAAUCCUAAGAAAGAUAGAUCGUUCUUACAUUAUAUAAGUACAAUUCCUUACGUAAAGCCAUCACGGUAUGGCAAUGUAAGCAAUAUACCUGUGUAUUUCAUAAUGUCUGCUACAAUAUUUAUAAAAUGCAAAGUCAUUUAAAUAACUUAUCACAAAAAUCUGUAACAAGGUAAGACCUACUAUACUAUGUAAUACGCCAGAAAUACAAUACUCACUGUAAAGGCCUGUAAUUUUGUACACGUUGAUCAACAAUUAUUUUACAACACCAAAAUUAUUAAAAAACAGGAGUAAAAAUUA